AGCGCUGACCUUAUUUCCGACAGAACAUGAAGGCAACACACUCUCCGCUAAUCUAGUAGUAGUGAGAGACCUUCAUCCCAAGGAGAGGACAGUGUUUUAAGGUGUUAAACGAGUGUUUGAUUCUGUGUUCUGCACAUCAUGCUCAACCCCCAGAGAUCUUUGUCUGAGCUGCCCAAGAUGUCAGCUGCCAGUCAAGUGGAGAGAGCUGUGUUGGAGGAGGAAUUCAACUGGCUGCUGAAAGAAGAAGUGCAUGCUGUCCUAAAGCAGCUCCAGGACGUCCUCAAGGAAGCAUCUCGACGUUUCUCCAUGGCCACGCCAGGCCUGGAGAGUCAGCUCAAACAGGAAAACUUCAUCCUCGGCAGCUCAACCAUGGAUCAAGUGAAGGGGGUGCUGACUCUGCAGGGAGAGGCUCUGACUCAGGCUGACAUCAACGUGAAGGUUGCAAAGAGUAGCCAAGUGUUGCACUUUCAGUUCAGAGAGGACAAGCUGUGGAAACUGCAGCAGAUUCAGGAUGCCAGGAACCAUGUGAACCAGGCCCUCGGGCUGCUUGGCAGCCGGGACGAAAGCUACCACUUUAAGACGGGGGCUGAGGUCAAUAAGCUCAUGGAUGCAGUGAUGCUCCAGCUGACGAGAGCACGAAACCGCCUCACCACCCCGGCCUCCAUGACGCUGCCUGAGCUGGCCACCAGUGGUCUGAUGAAAAUGUUCACUCCUCCCAUGCCUGGGGAUGUGAUGGUGAACUUUUACAUCAACUUAAGCAAACUGUGCCUGACUGUCUACCAGCUUCAUGUGCUACCUCCAAACACCACUAAGAAUUUCAAACCAGCUGGAAGCUCUGUGUUGCACAACCCAGGGGCAAUGUUUGAGCUCAACAACAACCGGUUUGAGGUGAGCCACGUUCACAAGGUGGAGUGUGUGGUGCCUUGGCUUAAUGACACGCUGGUAUUCUUCACCAUCUCGCUGCAACUCUGUCAGCAGCUCAAGGACAAGAUAUCGGUCUUCUCAAGUUUCUGGAACUACAGACCUUUCUAAUCCACCUCCAGUAACCACACGUGUAAGGGAGGUUUUUAUUUUUUAUAUAUAUAUUUAUGAUGCAGUCAUUCAGUUUCAAGUGUUGCAUGGUUAGCUGAAGGAGCCAAUCAAACCAACAGAUAUCAAUAUUCCCAGCUGUGUUAGCCCAAUAUUUCUGUGUGUGUGUUGCAUCUCACAGCACUGACUUGAACUUCUCAAUGUAUGAAUGAAUGUGAUAGUUGCUGAUUUGUUAUUAGAAUUGUUUUAAUUUAUGUGUUGGAGAGUAUUUAUCUGGAUUGUAAGCAAAGUUGUCAUCUAAUCUGUGUUGUGUGGAACACUAAAUAAGAGGUCACAGUUCAUCUUUUGGCAUUCCCUUACAAUAUAAUCGUUUCUUACAUGUCAAAGUCAAUUUUGUAGUCAUGCACUACUAAGCCAGUGUAUAAUGUUUUCUGUGUCUUUGAAGGAAGAUAACUCGAGUGACAUCACAUGUGUAAUCUUUGGGUGUUUUCACUACAACUAUCCCUGUUUUGCUCUGGUCUGAAUCAACGGUUCUGAUGGUAAACUGUAAAUGUAUCACUAAAAGUCAUGUGAGAACAUUCUCACCGCUCAUUGGUUACAUCGUCUGGGGCGGGAGUCAGAAAGUACGCUUGUAGUUGGGUAAUAUUUAACAAACUGCUGAGCACCAGACUGAGACUUCUUCCUCUCAACAGUCUCCAGUACGAGAGCGUGCACUAAACAAUGCAGGUUUGAAAGGAGGUGCAAAACCACUGGAGGAAUCCUCUAAUCUGUGCAUGUACAGUACAUCCACCUAUAACAGUGCUAUACUUGAGUUGAAGUUUAAAGUGCUUGGUGUUGCAAAGCAUGAGGGGAAUGCACAGUAUUGCAAAGUGAAGGGAACAUUUUGGUUUGGGGGGGGGAAGUCUUAUCUGUGAGGGGGUGUAAUACUAUUAGUAAAACAUUUCCCACUGUCAACAGUUCUGGUAUACAAACAUUUUGGUGACAGACGAUACUGAACUGUCAGUCCUUAUUCACAGACAGUACAGUAUCAUAUGUCAGAGGACCAGUUCCAAUGUCCGACCCGCCACACACAAAGCUGUGAAGUUCUCCUUCAACGCUGAUCACACAGGUGAAGUCCUUUAAGUAUGUGACGGUUCACAUCAUCAAGAGGGUCAUGUGAGAAAUACAGUAUAACACCAUAUCAAUUCAAUUAGAACAGCAAUAACUUGGACGUUAUUUACAAGUUGGAAACUGGUAUCAGGGUGGACAUUGGAGCAGGGAUAAUGUUUGGUUUUUGUUAUUGUUUAUUGCCCCACUUGGUGGAAAUGACACAACUCGCAUUCCCUGGAUAUGUCUAAACGAUAAGCUACUCGUCAUCUCUGUUGAUGUAAUCUUUGAUUUUAAGUGAUUGUCUGCUCUGUUUAUAUUUAUUUCACACGUUUUGCACAUAUGUUGUUGAUUCUCUGUGAACCAAACACUGAUCCAAUCAUGAACAAAUGACUUUAUUCCAGUAAGUGUUAAUCUAUUUUGAAAAGCUGCCUAUCAUAUAACAUGUGGAAAUGAUUUAUCUAUCUGUGCAAUAAAAAUAUUCUAAACCA